GCCAUGGACACUCAGCAGCAGAGAUGAGCAGCAGCCGCUCAGGCCUGAGCAGGGUGUUGGUGGCUGUGGCUGCUGCAGCCCUGGUAUCUGUCUCCUCUGCUGGCCCCCAGGCCUGGGGUCCCUCAGGGGUCCAGUAUGGGCAGCCUGGCAGGCCCCUGAAGUUGCUGUGCCCUGGAGUGACUUCUGGGACCUCAGUGUCCUGGUUUCAGGAUGGGGAACCAAGACUGCUCCAAGGACCCAAUUCUGGGUUAGGACAUGAGCUGUUCCUGGCCCAGGUGGAAAGCACUGAUGAGGGGACCUACACAUGCCAGACUCCUGAUGGUGCCCUGAGGGGCAUGGUGAUCCUGCAGCUGGGUUACCCCCCAGCCCGCCCUGUCGUCUCCUGCCAAGCAACCGAUUAUGAGAACUUCUCUUGCACCUGGAGUCCUGGCCAGGUCAGCGGCCUGCCCACCCGCUACCUCCUCUCCUACAGGAAGAAGACUGUGCCAGGGGCUGAGGGCCAAAGGAUGAGUGCAUCCACAGGGCCAUGGCCCUGCCCACAGGAACCCCCAGGGGCUGCCCGUUGUGUGGUCCAUGGGGCAGAGUUCUGGAGCCAGUACCGGAUCAAUGUGACCGAGGUGAAUCCCCUGGGGUCCAACACACGGCUGCUGGAUGUGAGCCUGCAGAGCAUCUUGCGCCCUGACCCACCCCAGGGGCUUCGGGUUGAGUCAGUACCUGGACAUCCUCGCCGCUUGCAUGCCAGCUGGAUGUAUCCAGCCUCCUGGCCCCGCCAGCCCCAUUUCCUGCUCAAGUUCCAGCUGCAGUAUCGCUCAGCACAGUAUCCAGUUUGGUCCACGCUGGAAUCAACUGGAUUGGAGGAGAUGAUCACAGAUGCAGUGGAAGGGCUACCCCAUGCUGUUCGCAUCAGUGCCCGGGACUUUCUGGACGCAGGUACCUGGAGUGCCUGGAGCCCUGAGGCUUGGGCAACCCCGAGCAGUGGUAAGAUACUGAACCACAAGGAAGAGCAGAACUGGCCCAGCUUCAGCACCACCCCACCACAGCCCUCUCUGCAGCCAGAUCCUUGGCAACUUGACAACAGUGACCCCCUGGAGCAAGUGUCUGUGCUGGCAUGUUUGGGAAUCUUCUCUUUUUUGGGACUGCUAGCUGGCGCCUUGGCAUUAGGGCUCUGGCUGAAGCUGAGACCAGGAGGGAAGGCUGGAUCCCAAAAGUCCGGUUUCUGGACCCCGAUGAUCCCAGUGGUCUAACUUGUAGGAGCUUCCAAUCUGCGAAGGACCCAGGAGGUCUUCAGUUGAUCCCACCUCUCACUGUUUUGCUGGUGAGGAUGAAUGGACAGAACCUCGGCAAGAUUGUAGGCCACCCAUGGAAGGGGUGCCACAACUUGGUUCUCA